AUGCUUUCUUUCUCCCUAUCUUGUUUUUUAGUCAAAUUUUUAUUAAAAAUUUCAGCAUUAAUUUUACAAACUUCAGAAACAAAGCAUUCUUUACUUUCUACAACUUUAAGUUGCUUAUUUACUCCUUGUUUAGACAUAUCUUGA